AUGGAUAUAGUUAAUGACAUAUUAGAAAGGGAGCAAAAGAAAGCUGAAAAAUAUAAACCUAUUGUAGUUGAAAAACAUUUAGAGCUCGAAUUUGAUGUCGGCACAUUGCUUACUUCUGAUACUAACGAUCUCGAUUCUAAACUUAUCAAGUCCGAUCAAGAAAGGGACAUAUACUUACAAUCUUUAGCUCGUGAUAAUACACAGCUAUUGCUAAACAAAAUAUGGGAGCUUCCAACAGAGAGAAUAGAUGAAGCAAUUGUAGUAAGACUUCCACAACCAACAACAGUCUUGCCUCGGGCUAAACCAGUGCCGAAGCCCAAGCCACUUACGAAAUGGCAAGAAUUUGCUAAAGCUAAGGGUAUAACUAAGACAAAGAAGUCAAAAUUGGAAUGGGAUGAGCAGUUACAGAAAUGGGUUCCACUAUAUGGAUUUAGAAAAGCAGCAGCAGAAAAGGAAAAGAAUUGGUUGAUACCAGUGCCACAGAACUUAGACCCUAUGACAGACAUGUACGAAAAGAAAGCGACAGAAAAGUCAGAGAAAGUGGCUAAGAAUGAACUGCAAAGGUUGAAAAACAUUGCUAGAGCAAGGAAAGUAAAAAUACCUAGAGUGGGGCUGCCUAUCACAUCUGAUAAAGCAUCAUCAACGCAGUUGGCCACAGCAACAAGUGUAGCAAAAGCCUCAACGGCAUCAUUGGGCAAAUUCCAAGAUAAACUUCCUAAGGAAAAGGAAGCAAGAGGUAAAGGAGUUCAUGAGCUUAUUCCUGGAAAGGAAAGAAAACGUAAGCUACCAGUCCCCACACCGGCUGCUGAAAAGGAACAAAACUUAAGUAUGAUAGAUAGAAUUCUAAGGAAACGACCCAAGAUUGAUAUGGAGAAAGCAGUAUCUAAACAUAUUAAUGAAGAACAAUUACAACGUUCUGAAGAGAAAAAGAGCAUGAAACCAAUGAAAGGAAGGGGAAAGCCCAAAGGCAAGGGCAACGCAACUAACUUCUCUGCCAAGAAGCCAAAGGGAGGCAAGGGUCAAAGAAAUCCCAGCAAAAAGAACCCGGGCAGAAAACGGAGGUGA